AGUGUCCUAGCCAUGGGAGGAAAGCAGAAGAAACUGAUUCCAGUUAAUGACAACCUGCAAAAACCUAUCCAAGAGGCAGGAGAAAUCAAAGGGCGUGACUAUGCUAUGAUUUACAAAUCAGAGGUAAAGAGAGAUGAAAAUCACACUCCAGACAGUAGCUUAAUCAGACUCACAAGCAAGAUGUUAAAAAUGAAUAGGCUGGAAGACAUAAAUGCAUGUUAUAAUAGUAACCUGUUGGAGAAAAUGGCUUAUUUUCAGUGUGUAGAAAAAGGUGAGACUCUACAGUGUUUUUUGAAGGAAAACACCAAUGAACUUGAUUCAGGAGCUGAAGAGAAUGAGGCAAAGGAGACGGUGUGGCAUCAUUUAAGCCUGAAGGAAACGUGUGUUACAAAGAAGAGAACUCUAGACCCCACAGAGAGAUCUGCUCAGAAGAAUCAAGCCUGCUCAGACAAAGAAAAGAUUCAUAAACUCAACAAGGAAAAUGCUGAAAAGGCCUGUACCUCCUUCAUUCAGGAAGGUUCUCCUAGAGGAAGAUUUCAAAACAAGGUAGAAGAUUUUACUUCCAGAGAAGAGUGUAGAGAGGAUACUAUUGGAAAAGAUUCAUCAAAGACGGGGAGACAAGAAGAGGUAACCAUUCGAGGAGAUAACCAAGACAUUGUGGAAAAACUCAAAGCUUUGGGAGAUGUGAAGGGAUCUCAAGACAGUCUGGUCUUCAAAAGAGAGAAAAAUGUACUUCAUGCUAAAGGAGAUGCCAGUAAAGAAGAAACUGGGGAGGAAGGAUCAACAUCUACAAUAAAUGAAACAGUCAAAAGGUUGAAUGACAAUAUAAAGAAUAAUUCUCCAGCAAUAACCCGAGGAGGCCAAUCCACGAGGCCUCUUUCCCAGAAUGCUGAGCUAGCUGCUUUGGCGGACCACAGCAGUAAGCGAAGAGUGAAUGAUGGAAGCUUCCUUGUCGAUGACAAGAAGAAGAGUAGAGUUGAUAGAGAGGGCACAGAUGAAAAAUGCAAAACCAAGGAGCCCACUAAGACAAAACAAUCCCUUGGCAGCCUAUUGGGCAAAUUUCAGGAGACACCCAGGAUUAAAAAUGGCCAUCUAGCAAAGCCUACUGCCAAAGGGAAAGCUCUGGAGAAACCAUUCGAAGAUGCUCCUGCUCCUCCCGCCCCAUUUGAUCACAGGAUUGUCACAACCAGACAGAUAGCAAUCAAUAGUCUCUAUACUGUGAACAGGAGGGAAAUCUUAGGAGGGGGACGGUUUGGCCAAGUACACAAAUGUGAAGAAAAAUCCACAGGCCUGAAAUUAGCAGCCAAAAUCAUUAAGACCAGAGGGGUUAAGGAAAAAGAUGAAGUGAUGAAUGAAAUCAGUGUCAUGAACCAGCUGGACCACGUGAAUCUCAUCCAACUCUAUGAUGCUUUUGAGUCCAAGAAUGACAUUGUCCUGGUGAUGGAAUAUGUGGAUGGAGGUGAACUGUUUGAUCGAAUCAUUGACGAAAACUGCAAUUUAAGUGAAUUGGAUACCAUUCUGUUCAUUAAGCAGAUCUGUGAGGGGAUAAAACACAUGCAUCAGAUGUACAUCCUCCACUUAGACCUGAAGCCCGAGAACAUCCUGUGUGUGAAUCGAGACGCCAAACAAAUAAAAAUUAUUGAUUUUGGAUUAGCAAGAAGAUACAGUCCCAGAGAAAAGCUGAAAGUGAACUUUGGGACUCCUGAAUUUCUUGCUCCUGAAGUUGUGAACUAUGAUUUUGUUUCUUUCCCUACUGAUAUGUGGAGUAUUGGUGUGAUUGCCUACAUGCUACUCAGUGGAUUGUCUCCUUUCCUGGGCGAUAAUGAUGCUGAGACACUAAACAACAUCUUGGCUUGUAGGUGGGAUUUAGACGAAGAAGAAUUCCAAGACACUUCUGAAGAGGGCAAGGAAUUCAUCUCUAAACUUCUGAUUAAGGAGAAGAGCUGGAGAAUAAGUGCAAGUGAAGCCUUGAAGCAUCCAUGGUUGUCAGACCACAGUCUUCAUCGCAGACUCAGCUCACAGAAGAAGAAGAAUCAAGGCUCCAAAGCUCAGUAGCUGGUGGCUGAGGACCCUGCUGAAGAGUGUUCCAACUUGGAAGGAAAACUGCUGUGGUUGCUGCCCUUUGGAGGACAUUUUGGAAAAAUCAGCAGUUCUGAUGCUUUGACCCCAGCAGUGACUGGAGGCAUUUACCAAAUGUAGUAACUCCACCUCUUUUUUUUUUUAAAUUUCAAGUCAGGCAGCUUCCAGAAGAGGAAACCAAGAGCUGUUGUUCCCAAGGAGGUGUAAAUACCAGAGCCCCACAUCCUUUACCUCACCUCUGAGAUGGUUGCAGUAGUUUACUUUGGGAAGACAACUUUCUCUGCUAUCGAUGGAGCUUGCCAUAAUGUUAGCUGUUGCUCAGUUAGGCAGGUGGGCUAGAGCUGAAAUGAUCUGAGAUUUUCAAACCCGAAAUUAUGUUUGAAGUGGGAGAAAAAGAAUGCUAACAAAUUUUAAACUAUGAGUAUUACACAAUGGAGAUUUUUGUGGCAAAAGUUCUUUUGAAUCGAGUGUGUUCAGGAAACUUACUACUUUGGCUUCUGUUACACCUGAUUUGUUAUCAUAGAAAGUUCAUUCAUGUUGAAAGAGUUGGGGAAAGCUGUCAAAGAGUGGAUCUGUUAUCCCCCUAGAUUCCAAACUUUGAUCUAAUUUUGUUAGGAGUUCUGAAAUCAUCAAUGAAUGCCAGCAGCAAGCUGGCAAGGUCUCCUUGGGUAAGGAGGGCAUUGCUUUUAGUCCUGGAGUGAUCUGGGGCAUGGAGCCCAAAUGUCUGAAUAAACUUAACUAUGACAGGUCACACGUGAAACUGAAUUUAUAACUUAAAAGCAAGGAAAAUCAGUACAUUGAUUUGUUGGCCAAUGAAGAUGAAGCAUUUAUUAAGUUUUCUGUACAAGGAAGACAGAUUCCCAGUUAGAAGCUUCUACCUACUCCCUGAUCUAUUAAGCCAUUUCAUUAGAUACUGAAUAAAGGAAAUACUUGUGACUAAUAAGCUAUCUUGCACACAAAUUAUACUUUUAGAAAAAAGCAGAACUCCUGCCACAGUCUUGAAAAAGAAAAACCUGAGAUAUUUUUAAAAAUAAAAGAUGUUUUCCAAAUUCUAUAUCACUUUCUAAAUUCCAUAUCAAAUGUUAAGUUCAGUUACCUCCUCCAUAUAUGUGUUUCCAAAUAGCUGUUGUGCUGGGGUCAGUUACAGUAAUGUAUUUAUUUUGGGUCACUGCUCUUUCUCUGAUACUGAAGGGGAUUGCUUUAUAAAGAAUUUGGUAACUAGCAUUGAAGAGUGAUUAAAUUUUCUUGACAUCCCUCAUAUUUCCAAUGUCCGUCUGGCAAGUCCUUCCAACAUGUCUUCAAGAAAGACAUAUGAAUAAAAUGCUUAUUCCCAUUUUACAGGUUUGUGGGAACUGUAAGCAAUUAGCAUUAUGGAAUUUGGCCAAGGUUACAUGGAAAGGUAUUGGGUGAGACAGACAUGAAACUGCCUCCCUUUUCCAAAGUUCUUGCCAUCAUACUUUUCUCCUUUUUUUCCUCUAGCCUAUUCAUUUCUGUUCCAGUCUUGAUUUCCCCUCCCGUUUUUACAUGACUAUGCUUACAAUGUUUAAUUUGGUUUCCUUAUGGGGAAAAAAAGAGAAAGAAACUGUAUGCCUGAAGUCUUAUAUUACUGGGCUAUCUUUAGCUGAUGAUAUGCAGUGUAUUUGGAAAGUUAUAAGCCAGUGCAUGCAUGAAUUAUCACAUAUACCACAGGGUCCUGGCAUUCAUUCAAAUGCUAAAUAGGACACAAGGGUCUGAUUUUAAGCCCCUUAUGGAACAGUGCGUUCUACUAUGGAGCAAGGGAAGUCUACCCAGAUAUUUUCUUGCCUGACUGGUUGUAGCUCAAAUUUUGAUCCAUUUUAUUAGCUCCAUUUCUAUAGAUCCUAGCAUGAAUUUGAGAUGCCCCAAGUCAAACUGAGGAGUUCUAGCCUUGUGAAAUUCAUCAGUGAUGACCCCAAAUGGUUCCUGGGUGUGAAGUACUUAGGUGUUUAGAAAUGAGUCUCUACUUUGGAAAUGCAUUUUGUUUAGAUUUCUGUUUUAAGAUCCACAGUUGGGUGGGAAAGUGCCCCAACACCAGCUGAGUGCUUUUAAUAAGGAAGUUUGGAAGUGUUAGUUUUAUAGUUAAUUUAUUUCAGUCUAGGGCUGUGGAGGAAUGUGCCAUGAUUGGUUGGAGCUAUGUUGUGUGACUCUGUACUUCUGUGGGGCUGAUCCAAGUAUAGGUCCUUGUUGCCCAAUGUUCUACUGUUCCAGCAGGUCGGGGAUGUAUGUGGGGGUGUGGGGUAGCAAAGCAGAUGAACCAGGACAAAUAUAGGCAAGGACCUGAGUCAUAGAGCAGAUUAUGUAUGAACAGAGUCAUUGUGAUCAACUUUCCAAGGAGAUAAAAUGACCCUCUUGAUAAAAAAUUUAAGCCUUAUUGCUCUUUUUAAGUUUCCCUCACUCUUAAUAAUAAUAAAUAGCAUUUAUAUAGUGUUUUAAGGUUUGCAAAGCACUUUACAUAUAUGUUAUUUUGUUUUGCUUUCCUAUUGGACAUCUCCAUCGAAUAACUUUGGCAAAUGGUUAAAGUUGAACCUUGAUGCUGCGUUCCAGAACAUAGGGAAGACAUACCUUGUGAUGGAGUUAGGGAAAAGUGUGCACAUUUGUAGUUUAUAAAUCUCUAAAACUUAUCCAGAUUCCGUACACAGGAAGAUGAUUCAUAGUCCUGUGGUUGCUGCAUAAGUAGCCCUUCAUUAGUUUCCUGCGUGAGCUAACUUUGUAAUUCUGGCCUGCUAUGUCACUGUACAUAUUUUUGCAUUUAUUGUUAAUAAUUCAUUAUCUAGCUUGGUGUUGACUUCAUUUUUUUCCUUCAACACUAACAAAAGAGAAUUCUGCAUCUAUAUAUGUAUAUAUAUAAUCCAGCUCAUUGAUAUGAAUGUAAUUUGGAGAGGAAAAUGUGUGUGCAUGUGGUUAUUUACAUCUUAUUUAUCUUACAAAGAUGGUUGUAUCAUUUUUUUUCUUGAUUUGUUUCCAAAAUGUGAGUUCUUACCCAAUUCUGUCUUCUCUAGCUGUUACAAGCUACCAUGGAAAUUUUGGGCCCCCUACAUCCAAGUUCUCAUUACGCAGAACUCUACCUUUUAUUCUCUUGACCCAUCCUUUAUUUUCUAUCCUUCAUGCUCGUUUUCCUUCAGGUUACAGUUAUAUUCCUCCUCCCUUCCAAGUCUCAACCACUUCUAAAUUUUAAUCCCUCCUUGAAAUUUGUUUUUUUAACCAAAGUGUCCAGGUGUAUUAUAAAAAAAUCAAGACUCAAUGGGAAAUUAUUCCUUUACAAUUGAAUUCCUUUCUCACCCACUAGGAACUCCAGAGCCAGGCUGGUAAAGGUGGCUUGCCUUUAUGUUAAGGAUUAUAUCUUUGCAUAACAUUUUGUAGCUUGUUUCCUAAAGUAAGAGUUGUUGUAUCUCUCUAUAGUUCUACUUGUCCCUACUAGUUUGAGCUCAGACUAAUGAAAUUUGCUUUGUGUGCAUGGUCUUUUGAUGGCUGGUUUCACCUUCCAUGAAGGCUGAUAGUUCAAUCAUUAUCAAAUGAAGGGGCAAAAAAUUAUGUCAAACCACCUGAAUGCAAAUAUGUUGCUUAGUCACAUUUGUGUAGCCAGCCACAGCUGACAAAAACCCCUACAGUGAUGACAUCAGGGCUUUCAUGUCAACUGGUGGUAUUUUUUCAGAACUGAUAUACAGAAAAGGCUAUGCAAUGUAGAGAUUGCUUGUGUUGCAUGUACUUCUAGUUUUUAAAAUGGAUUUUGUCAGAUCAAUGGUUUUUUUUGUGUCAACAUAAAAAUACACAAGUGAUUAUUAUAUGUUCCACUACAGAAUAAAGAGAUUUUAUUUACCUUG